ACUCAAUAAACAAGGAGACACUUUAUUUUAUACAACAAAAAGGGAGUUGUAUUUCUUUAUUCUUUCUCUUUUCUUUCAACAUGAAAUCAUUACACUGUGUCUAUAGUAAAAAGAGAUUUGCCGACCAAUAUACGUUGGAUUUAGAAGGAUUUGUAAGGCUCUGAAUAGUAACUCAAGUUUAACUGUGUCAAAAUAGAUGAGUCCUCAUGAAUUCUCUCCAACAGCCUUGAAUGGGUCUAUAGGCUAUUUCUUUAUCUUGAUAUUGAUGAUCUUGAUAGCCAUGACUGUAUUUUGUAUUCAAUAUACACAUCAAUUGGGUGUUGUCUUGGCUCUUCCAUUUGGGUUUUUGUUUUGUAGUAUGUUGGUUAUCUAUUAUCGGCGUAGACAAAAGCAUCGAUUUGAGCGUGCUAUCAUUCAUUUGUGCAAGUGCAUGAAUGCAACUGAAAAUGUACGCGGUAUUAACUUCAGAUUGAGCUAUUUGAAUACAGAACAACAAGUGUCUUCUCAUCCUACCUAUACUAUUGAAUUUGAUGAUCGCUAUAAUUUGCUGCAUCAUUUCUCUAGUCAUCAAAACAGUAGCAGUCCUAUUCCACCUGCUUAUACCAGUAUUACUCUAUCUUCUUCUCCUCCUCCAAUGUAUGACCUGACAAAACCGUCCAAUACAUAUCAACCAAAUGAAAAACAAUAAAGCAAAAACUACCCUUUUUAUUUAAUUCCCCGCA